UUUCUUUUGUAUGCUUAAUUGCUUGAUAAUUAAUUAAUUAGCUAUAUGCUUGCCUGCUUCUUUUGUCUCGCAAACAAUUCAGUUUCAGGCACAAGGCUAAGGCACCACCUACUCGAAUUGCAACAUUCACUUGUUUCUCUGCGAGAGUCAAUGCAGAUAAACCAGAGUCUAGACUAAUAGUGAAAGAGAAGAGCGUGUCGGUGAUUCUUUUGGCUGGAGGGCAGGGCAAAAGGAUGGGGGCCAGCAUGCCAAAGCAAUAUCUUCCCCUUUUAGGCCAGCCAAUUGCAUUAUACAGCUUCUACACUUUCUCCCAAAUGAUUGAAGUAAAGGAGAUAAUUGUAGUUUGUGAUCCCUCCUGUAAGGAUGUUUUUGAAGACGCCAAACCUAAGAUCCAGAAGGAACUUAAAUUCACACUACCAGGGAAGGAAAGACAAGAUUCCGUUUACAGUGGACUCCAGGCAAUUGAUUUGACAUCUGAGCUUGUUUGUAUUCAUGAUUCUGCUAGACCUCUGGUAUCAUCAGGAGAUGUAGAGAAGGUUCUCAAAGAUGGUUGCUUAAAUGGUGCAGCUGUACUUGGUGUUCCAGUAAAAGCUACAAUCAAAGAGGCAAACAGUGAAUCUUAUGUAGUCAAAACCCUUGACAGGAGAACACUUUGGGAAAUGCAGACACCCCAGGUCAUCAAAACUCAGUUGCUUAAAGAGGGUUUUGAGCUUGUCAAUAGGGAAGGCCUUGAAGUGACGGACGACGUGUCUAUUGUGGAGCACCUUCAGCAUCCGGUGUACAUCACCGAAGGAUCUUAUACCAACAUUAAGGUGACAACGCCGGAUGAUUUAUUACUCGCGGAAAGAAUGUUAAGUAUGAGCUCGGGAAAGUCUUCUUCUGAAUAGCCGUCUCUCUGUAUGCUGAUUUUGUGCCAGUGCUUGUAUUUUCGUUCUUCUUUCCUUUGUGUAGACGAAACUAAAGCCGAAAAAUCAUUUAAAUCCAAAUUUUUUUGUUAAAGGGGAUGUGAUUUUGUGCAAGUGCUUGUAGUUUUGUGGUUGUUCUAAUAGAAAUUAUCAUAUUUAUAUGAGUUGAAAUUAAUUG